AAACAUUCAAAAUGUACAGACAGUGGGCCGUGGUGAAUAUUUUCAUGAUGUCUUAUCUGCAGUUGGUACAAGGCUCCAGUUAUGACCACGGACCAGUGAAGCGGGCAUCUCGGUCAAUGUUGGAACGAUCUGAACAGCAGAUCAGGGCGGCCUCUGGUUUGGAGGAACUGCUUCGGAUCACACACUUUGAAGACUGGAAGCUGUGGCGAUGCCGACUGAAGCUGAAAAGUUUUACCAGCACAGACUCGCGCUCAGCGUCCCAUCGGUCCACUAGGUUUGCAGCAACUUUCUAUGACAUCGAGACUCUAAAAGUUAUCGAUGAGGAAUGGCAGCGAACCCAGUGCAGCCCCCGGGAGACGUGUGUGGAGGUGGCCAGCGAGCUGGGAAGGAGCACCAACACGUUCUUCAAGCCUCCCUGUGUCAACGUGUUCCGGUGUGGUGGCUGCUGCAAUGAAGAGAGCCUCGUCUGCAUGAACACCAGCACCUCAUACGUCUCCAAGCAGCUCUUUGAGAUAUCAGUGCCUUUGACAUCAGUGCCUGAAUUAGUGCCCGUUAAAGUGGCCAACCACACAGGUUGUAAGUGUUUGCCGACAGCUCCCCGCCAUCCAUACUCCAUUAUCAGAAGAUCCAUCCAGAUCCCAGAAGAAGAUCUCUGCUCCCAUUCCAAGAAACUCUGUCCUGUUGACAUGCUAUGGGAUAACAGUAAAUGUAAAUGUGUUUUACAGGAGGAGAGUCCACUCUCUGGAAUGGAAGACCACUCUCACCUUCAGGAACUGGCUCUCUGUGGGCCACACAUGAAGUUCGACGAAGAUCGUUGUGAGUGUGUCUGUAAAACACAGUGUCCCCAGGAUCUGAUCCAGCACCCAGAAAACUGCAGUUGCAUUGAGUGCAGAGAAAGUCUGGAGAGCUGCUGCCUGAAGCACAAGAUCUUUCACCCCGACACCUGCAGGUGA